UAUUGUGAUUCCAUCGUAAACAUGUUCUUUAAGAUAUCUGUAUUGGUAGGCCUCGCAGUCUUCGUCGCAGCCCGACCCGAGACUCCUUCCUACUCUCCUGCUCACCCAGCCCCUUCCUACUCGCCUCCCAGCGCAUCCUACAGCGCGCCUGCUCAUCCUUCUCCUUCCUACAGUGCUCCCACAUACGAUAAUGUUCCAGCCCAAUACAACACCCAGUAUGCCGUAAACGACGAAUACUCAGGUAACAACUAUGGACAUCAAGAGAACCGCGAUGGCUACAAGACUCAGGGAACGUACUAUGUGCAGCUCCCAGACGGCCGUCUGCAGAAAGUCACCUACUACGUCGAUGGCGAGUCCGGCUACGUGGCAGAGGUCACCUACGAAGGGGAGGCACAGUAUCCAGCCUAUCAGCCCGCUCCAUCAACUUCUUAUCAGCCUGCUCCAUCACCCUCAUACGCUUAAUUCGCAUGCUAUAUUCGGGAACUAUGAACACCGAAAGAAAUAAUUUAUUUUGAUUAAAUAUCGUACCUGCUGCAUAAAUGUCGAUGUUUCAUUCA